AACUCAUCUAAAUUCAAGGCUGUCAUCUCCAGAAGUACUUUGAUCUCUUCAGGAUCUCCUGCUCUCUACCAUCUGAAACCAAAGAAAGAGGAGUUUGGAACUCUGGCAAAAAUGACUGUUGGAGAAAAAAAUCCAAACAAGACAAAUAAAACAAUCUUGCUUGUGGGUGAAAAAGGAGCAGAAAAAUCUACUCUGAUAAACGCUCUUAUCAACUACACCAUGGGAGUAAGGUUGGAGGAUGGGGUCUGGUUUCAUAUCGUAGAGGGGGAGAAAAAUGAAAACCAGACAGAAAGUCAGUCAUCAAAUGUGGUUGUGUACGAGAUUUUUGGCUUUGAAGAUGAAACUCUACCCUACUCUCUGACCAUCAUCGAUACUCCUGGAUUUGGAGACACCAGAGGGAUUGAACAUGAUGCAAACGUCAGUCAACAAUUAUUGGACUUGUUUCGAUUGGAGGAUGGAAUUCAUGAAGUUCAUGCAGUGGGUCUGGUGAUGAAGGCGACAGAUAAUCGACUGAGUGAGCGACUGAUCUACAUAUUUAAUUCAGUGAUGUCUCUGUUUGGAAAAGAUGUGGAGAAAAACAUUGUAGCUCUCAUCACACACUCAGGUGGAAGAAGACCUAAAAAUGCUCUCAAAGCUCUUGAAGUAGCAAACAUUAAAUGUGCCACAAACGAAAAGAAUAAGCCUGCUCACUUCCUGUUUGAUAACUGCCAGGAUGAAGCACGAGCAGAGAAUGAGCUAGAGGAACUUGAGCAUUCCUAUGAUGUCACACAAAAAGGAAUCAAGCAGUUGAUGUGUUUCAUAGCAGAACUUGAACCUCAGCAGCUGGACAAAACUGUGGAUGUUUUGAACACACGCAUCCAACUGACAGCCUGCUUUCAAAACUUGCAAGACAGAAUUGAGAAGAUUGAUUUGAAGAUCAGUGAGAUUAAAAAGACAGAGGAAGAUGUGAAGCUCUAUGAAAAAGGCUUGAAUAAUGAUGAAAACUUCACCGUGGAAACUGGUGAAGUUUAUAAAGAUAAAGAAACUGUUCCAAGUGGAAAGAGAUGGUUUGGUUUUUUUAAAGGAGCUGUCUCUUGUACUGUCUGUGAGGAGACCUGUCACUAUCCAUGUACAAUUGCCAAGACUCCUGGAAAGUGUGAGGUUAUUCAAGAUGGCAACUGCAUUGUUUGUACCAAGAAGUGUCCUGAAGAAAAACAUGUGAAAGACACCUGGAGAUAUGUGAACAAGACAAGGAAAGUGAAAAAGACCAUGGAAAUCUUGAAAAGAACAUAUGAAGUAAACCAAGAGGAGAAAAAGACCCUUUUGUCAUCUCUUGAAAAGGAGAAAGAAAAGCUCGAUGAGGAGAAGAAUACUCUGGUGAAUGAGUCUUACCAGCUUGUUCUCAAGCUGGAGAAGAUCGCCCUGAAUGUUGAUUCAUUGUCCACCAAUGUCCAUCUGAACAUCCUGAUUGAGAAGAUGAUGGAGAAAGGAGAAACAGAAAAGGUUGAGAAACUAAUGAAGAUAAAAGCCAGCCAGAGUAAAGGAGUCCAGACAGUGCUGCAAUAUUGUUACAGCAAAGUAACAUCAGCUGGAAGAGCAGCAUAUAACUAUGUCUUCAAAGCUGGCCCAGACAGCAGUGUAGACUAG